AUUGACGUGAGUUUUUGUGAGCGGGCAAUAGCAGAGAAAGACAGACAGCAGCCAUGGACUUCUCCGUGCUCUCAGAGGCCUUGGAAUCCAAAUCCUACUCCAAGAUCGCAGAUAUCUGCGACAACCUCAUGCUUCAGGUCGCAGCGGAGGGCUUCGCCUUUCAGGACGAGUGGCCCUACACCAUUCAUCUUCUCGGUCACAUUUAUUCCGAUGAUAUUAACAGCGCGCGGUUUCUUUGGAAAUCAAUACCUCUGGCGAUCAAAGACAGCCAGCCGGAACUGGUUGCGGCUUGGAAAAUUGGUCAGAAGUUGUGGAUUCGAGACCAUGGUGGUGUUUAUGAGGCUAUUCGUGGGUUUGAUUGGAGCCAGCAAGUUCAAGGCCUUGUUGCUGCUUUUUCAGAGCUUUACACAAAGAAGAUGUUUCAGUUGCUGCAAUCUGCUUAUUCUACAAUAAGCAUCCAAGAUACUGCUCUCUUCCUUGGAAUGGACAAGGAUAACACCACAAAUUAUGUAGUACAACAAGGUUGGAUUGUGGACCCUUCUUCUCAAAUGUUUACAGUGAAGAAGCAACCUGUUGUUAAAGAGCAGAAACUAGACCGCAGCAAAUUGCAGAACUUGACAGAAUAUGUGUUCUGUCUAGAGCAUUGACAGGGAUUUUUAAGGCGAUGGAGCUAUGAUGUGUUUUUGAACCGGCAUGUUAGCUUUUAAGUCAUUUGGAAGAGAAUGCUUUGAAAGCCGUCGCUUGUUGCAUUUCUUCAAAAGUUUUGAAGUCCUAUGGUAUAUGUAUAGCAUAUUUUACGUGAUAAUUUUCUUUUCAUGCCCGAUUAAAAUUUUCUGAUGUUGAAUUAUUCAGUUCCUUUGGAUUCGUUUCCGUA